UCUCGCUCUGGGGCCGUCAGCGGCUGGCGGCUGCCAGCCGUGAGGGCCGUUGCCACGUCUGCCGGGCGGGCGAGGGGGGCCGCGCACCGAGCACGGCCCUGCCCGCUGCCGCUGGGCUCGCAGGCGUGGGGCGCGGGAUGGCGGCCCGGCGGCGGUGAGGCGGGCGCCGCGGGGUCCCGGCUGUGAGGCGGCGAUGUCAGCGGCGCUGCGGGCCGCCUGGCUGGGCGCGGCGCUGAGCUGCGCGGCCGCGGCGCUGAUCCCCGCGGCUGACGUGAAGGUGGAGGUGCUGCAGAAGCCGUUCCUCUGCCACAGGAGGACCAAGUGGGGGGACAUGAUGCUGGUUCACUACGAGGGCUACUUGGAGAGGGAUGGCUCCAUGUUUCACUCCACUCACAAGCAUAACAAUGGUCAACCAAUGUGGUUUACCCUUGGCAUAAGGGAAGCUAUCAAGGGCUGGGACAAAGGUUUGAAGGACAUGUGCGUGGGAGAGAAGCGGAAGCUAACUAUUCCACCAGCCCUUGCUUAUGGAAAAGAAGGGAAAGGAAAAAUUCCACCUGAGAGCACACUGAUUUUCAACAUUGACCUUCUAGAAAUUAGAAAUGGACCACGGUCUCAUGAGUCAUUCCAAGAGAUGGAUCUUAAUGAUGACUGGAAACUGUCCAAGCAAGAGGUGAAAAUUUAUUUGAAGAAAGAAUUUGAAAAGCAUGGAGCAGUGGUAAAUGACACUCAGCAUGAUGCUUUGGUUGAAGACAUAUUUGAUAAAGAAGACGAAGACAGUGAUGGCUUUAUAUCUGCAAGGGAAUUUACAUACAAGCAUGAUGAGCUGUAGAAAAGGAUGGUGUAAUUUUUUUAUACAAAUGGCAGUGAUUUAGACUGUCUGGUGCUCUUGUCAUCUUAAUUCUGUGGCUUUGAGUUGACGGCUGCUGUUGGCAAAGAAACACUCAUUUAUAUAAAAGAAUUUCUGUUCAUUGUGUACAAAUGUUUUAAACUAUGUUAAAGUAUGAAAAUGUACCUCCUUUUAUGCAGCAAAGACUUGCACAUCAGUGUUUUUUGAAUUUUGUAUUAACUUAUUUUUCAGAAAUGAAACAAACUUUCCCGUUAUCAAACAUUGUGAAAGUCAAAAUUCGAUGUAGUGCCUUUCUGUGACUUGUUUGUGUGUUAAGAUUGCUUUCAGCAUCUCCUUUAUGUGUAACUUCUAGUUUGUGGCUUAAUUACUUGACCUUUCUUCUUGUGUGUCACUGUGUGAAAAGCAGUGUGCUGACCUUCCUCUUUUUUUCUGCAGAUUUUAAAAAAAGGUACUAGAAGGUAUCAGCAUUUCUUUGUAUCUGUUUCUCGGCUGCAUCAAGCUGAAUGAGAAAAAUUACUAUCUCCUGUGCUGAUUUUGCUCUUCUAAAGGGAGGGUGUUACCAACCAUGCCAACAAUUGUAUGCAUUUUUCUUUAAAUUAUGUGAAUGAAGUAGGAGUCAAAUGUCAGACUUUCACUUUUAAUGUCAGCAACGUUCUAGGAGAUGUCUGUAAUUUGGAAAAUAGCAAGUUAUACUGCAGUGCAGAGGUGGUGUCCUUUACAUAUACACAAACAUUUGCUUUGAAACUUGGUGCUUGCAUUCCUGAAGAAAGAUGAUACUUUUCUUGAGCAGAAUGUGACUAGUCUGAAGUUUUUUCUCAUUUGCAGAAGGGAGGGGCACACUGACAGGAGGAUCAGUAUGGCCUGAAGAAGGCUUCACAUUGGCUCGCCUGCUUUGCAACAGCCUGACUUGUAGAACUUGUUUUGUUAUUGCCCCUUUGCAGUAUUUUCACAAGUAGCAUACAAAUGAUGUGAAUUUUAAAUAAUAAAGUGACUUUUUAGAAAAAUAGAGGCAUGAGGUAAAUGUUAUGAUGUUAUGUCUUUACAGAGGUAGAGACUAUGAGGAUUUCAACUCCAUUUUGUGUUUGUUUGAACCGUUUCUGGAGAGGAAGAAAGAUUUUGCAAUUGUCCACAGUUUCUUAAAUGAGAGGGAAGGAAUUAGCCUGUAUUCUGGCACAACAACAUAGGGGGUCUCUGAACACUGUAUUGAACUUGGAAAAUGUUGCUGGAGGCUACGUAGGGACACGAUGCAAAUCCGGUUGUAUGAAAUCGGGGUUGCUGCAUUGCACUCAUCCUUAACUGCUGCCAAGUGAGACUGUACCUUGAGGGCUCUCAGUGCUAUAGAUGAGCUGGAUGUUUUCCCUGCCACCUAGUGUUGCAAGUUAAGUAUGAGAAGACUACUUAAAGGGAGUUCAGCUGCUUAUGGACAUUACAGAUUGCUGUCACUAGCAUCUGUUUUGGGAGGCGAAAAAAAAAAAAAAGUGUAAGUGAAGAUACGCAGUGGUGAUGGGUUUUGUUUUGUUUGGGGUUUUGUUGUUGGGUUUUUUUUCCUUCCAGCAUCUGGCCUUUUGUGGCUGAUGGCUUAAGUGGUAGGGAAUUGUGGCCAUGUAUUUGGUUUUCAGUAACCCUUGGCUCUUUUUCAUCAAUGAUGCCAUCUAGUUUUCUUGAACCCGCUUAAACUUUUGCUUCCAUAAUGUUCUGUGGCAGUGAAUUUCACGGUAGAAUAGGGUGGGAAAAUAUUUCCCUUUGUUUUUAGGCUUGUUGCCUGUCCUGAUAUUUUUUGUUGUGAGGAAAUAAUGAAAAAUCGUUACUUGUUUAGCUGCUCUUACCAGUCAUGAUUUUGCAUAUUGAUAUUUUUUUCUCAUUACUUACGAUAAUUAAGCUUGCCCAACUUCAGCUCUCCCAAGGUUGCUUCCAUGUUCUGUGCUGGGUGUUUUGAUUCGCUCUGCUGAUACCAGAGCACUAGGUACCUGCGGGCAACGCAUCACAUUUAUAUUCAUCAUCUUUACUGGAAUAGAUGCCUUAUCGAAUAGUUUCCUGUCUUUCUCCCUGACUACAUGUGGAGCCUAGGCAAUUGGCAUAGCCUAGGCAGAGGAGGGAUAUGAAGUUGACUCUUAAGGCAAUCUUGACAAAGAUGUGGCCGCUGGCAGGUACCCGGCCAACCAAAGGGGAAAUUCUGGGUGCGCUACUGGGAAGAGCAGCACUGAGACUUGCGUGGGGUCUGUGAGGGUUUUAGAUGAUUGUUUGUGGUGCUUAGCAUGUUCUCUGAACGUCUGGCUGGCAAGUGAAAGCAUAAAAGCACGAAAUAAAACUUUGCCCAGGUUACUGACCAAAUACAUAAAAAUUUAAGUUGAAAUAAUAGGGUGCCAGUGUAUGUGCCUUCGGUAAGGCCUAGCUGUUGUUUACUUUGUAUUAAAUAGGAAUUCGGAAUCAGUAAUGCUGUGAAAUGUACAUAUGCAUUAUCUUCUGCUUGGAUUUUGAAAGCAUUUCAUUAAAAAUAACUUCAAGUGAACAUACAGUUAAUUUGUUAAUGCCAGCAGACUACUAGUAAAGCUGCAGGACCGAGAUGCUUUAUUUGGUGUUGUGUGUAGGUUUGUGCCAGAUGAGUGGAUGGCUUUUGUUCUUAGUUCUUUUCUGUAUAGCUGUGUUAAAUUUCUGAAACUGAACUGGAGAAAAAAAUUUCAAAAGUGCAGAAUCGGCAGCGGAUUUGAGAAGCUACUUCAAAUUUAUUACUGUUUGCUAUCAUUAAAAGUUCUUCUGUGAA